UAAUAGUAUCCCAUCAAUGAUAAAGCUCACAUUCACAUUACUCACAUACUCACAUAGAGUUGUGUUGUUGAUAGGAUAAUCACUUUGUUGAGCGAAAGGGUGGAGUGUUAAAAAAUAUGUCUAGGUGCAUUUACGAUAUACUUUGAAAUUAUUAUAUUCAAAUAUGCUAGAUGUACUGUAAAAUAUUCGAAAAUUAUUUCACUUAUAUUGUAACUAUAAGUUUCUUGAACAUUUGUCUGUAGGAACGUAACCUCAGAAUAGAAUUAAGUAAUAAUGGCUACAGACAAAGUAACUUUGGGUGAUGCUUUAUCAAAUGUUGAUGUACUCGAUGAAUUUACAUUGCCAGAUGAACAGCCUUGUAUUGAAGCACAACCAUGUUCUAUAGUUUAUCAAGCAAAUUUUGAUACUAAUUUUGAAGAUAGGAAUGGUUUUGUAACUGGAAUUGCAAAAUAUAUUGAGGAAGCAACAGUUCAUGCUAGUUUGAAUGAAUUAUUAGAGGAAGGUCUGAAACAUGCAGUAAUGUUAUAUACAUGGAGAUGCUGUUCCCGUGCUAUUCCUCAACCAAAAUCUAAUGAACAGCCGAAUAGAGUGGAAAUUUAUGAAAAGACAGUAGAAGUAUUAGCACCUGAAGUGAAUAAGUUAUUAAACUUUAUGUAUUUUCAAAGAAAAGCAAUUGAAAGAUUUUCUGGAGAAGUAAAACGAUUAUGUCAUCAUGAAAAAAGAAAAGAUUUUGUUUCAGAAGCAUACUUACUUACAUUAGGAAAAUUUAUUAAUAUGUUUGCAGUUUUAGAUGAACUCAAAAAUAUGAAAUCAAGUGUAAAAAAUGAUUAUUCUACAUACAGAAGAGCUGCACAGUUUCUGAAAGUGAUGUCUGAUUCUCAAACGUUGCAAGAAUCUCAAAAUUUGUCAAUGUUUUUAGCUACACAAAAUAAAAUUCGUGAUACAGUGAAGGAAAAUUUGGAAAAGAUUGCAGGCUAUGAAGAGUUGCUUGCUGAUGUUGUUAAUAUAUGCGUUCAUAUGUUUGAGACUAAAAUGUAUUUGACUCCAAAUGAAAAACACAUGCUAGUAAAAGUAAUGGGGUUUGGUUUAUUCUUAAUGGACAGUGAUCUUUGCAAUAUUAAUAAAUUAGAUCAAAAAAGAAAAUUAAAAUUAGAUAGAAUUGAUAGAAUUUUUAAAAAUUUAGAAGUGGUACCAUUGUUUGGUGACAUGCAAAUUGCACCUUUCAAUUACAUAAAACGUUCUAAACAUUUUGAUGCAUCAAAAUGGCCAUUGUCUUCAUCUUCAAAUAGUAUAAGUCCACAGGCAGAUCUUAUGGUACAUCUUCCACAAAUUAGAGAAGAUCAUGUAAAAUAUAUUAGUGAGUUAGCAAGAUAUAGUAAUGAAGUAACUACGACAUAUAAGGAAUGUGGAAGUGAUGCAGAAAAUCGAGAAACUGCAGAAUUAGCGUUACGGGGAUUGCAAUUACUUUCUCAAUGGACAAGUGUAGUGACUGAACUUUACAGCUGGAAACUUCUUCAUCCUACUGAUCACCAUAUGAAUAAAGAAUGUCCACAGGAAGCUGAAGAAUAUGAAAGAGCCACGCGUUAUAAUUAUACAGAUGAAGAAAAAUUUGCACUAAUAGAAGUUAUUGCAAUGAUCAAAGGAUUACAAGUACUAAUGGCGCGUAUGGAAACUGUUUUUAUCGAUGCAAUACGUAGAAAUAUAUAUGCGGAGUUACAAGAUUUUGUACAACUCAUCUUACGAGAACCAUUGCGUAAAGCAAUAAAGAACAAAAAGGAUCUCAUCAGAAGUAUUAUUGUAUCUGUAAGAGAAACUUGUGCAGAUUGGCAUUUUGGAGUAGAACCAUUAGGGGAUCCAGCACUAAAAGGAAAGAAAGAUCCUGAUAAUGGAUUUGGUAUUAAAGUACCGCGCAGAAAUGUCGGACCAUCUUCAACACAGCUCUAUAUGGUUCGUACUAUGUUAGAAUCAUUAAUUGCUGAUAAAAGUGGUGGGAAACGUACUUUGAGAAAAGACAUUGAUGGUCAAUACCUUGUUCAAAUUGAUCAGUUCCAUAAAACUAGUUUCUAUUGGAGCUAUCUUUUAAAUUUUAGCGAAUCAUUGCAAGACUGCUGUGAUUUAUCUCAAUUAUGGUAUAGGGAAUUUUACCUAGAAAUGACUAUGGGUCGGAAGAUACAGAAAUGUCAAGUACGUCAUCAGCAUAAUGAAGAGUGCAGCGACUUGAUCACUAUGGAGAAGCGUAUUCAGUUCCCGAUUGAAAUGUCCAUGCCGUGGAUACUAACUGAUCAUAUAUUACGAAGCAAAGAACCAUCCAUGAUGGAGUAUGUUUUAUAUCCACUUGAUUUAUAUAACGAUAGUGCGUUAUACGCCCUAACUAUAUUCCGUAAACAAUUUCUUUACGAUGAAGUAGAAGCUGAAGUGAAUUUAUGCUUUGAUCAGUUCGUUUAUAAACUUAGUGAGCAAAUUUUUGCUCAUUAUAAACAAUUGGCUGCGAGCAUAUUGUUAGACAAAAGAUUUCGAGUGGAAUGUGUUGCAUUAGGAGCAUAUUUACUGCCAUACCCUCGCGCCAAUAGAUAUGAAACUUUACUUAAACAAAGGCAUGUUCAGUUAUUGGGAAGAAGUAUUGAUUUAAAUAAAUUGAUAACCCAACGUAUUAAUGCAGAUAUGCAAAAAUCAUUGGAUUUAGCAAUUAGUAAAUUUGAAUCUGGAGAUAUUACAGGAGUUGUAGAAUUAGAAGGACUUUUACAAGUUAAUCGUCUUACUCAUAAACUUUUAAGUAAAUGGCUUGCAUUGGAUGAAUAUGAUGCUAUGUUCCGUGAAGCAAAUCAUAACGUGCUAGCUCCGUAUGGAAGAAUUACAUUACACGUAUUUUGGGAAUUAAAUUACGAUUUUCUCCCAAAUUAUUGUUAUAAUGCAGCAACAAAUAGGUUUGUAAAAUGUCGUGGACUACAAUUUGUACAGCCAGUACAUAGGGAUAAACCUCCACAAAUGUCUCAUCACUAUCUUUGGGGAAGCAAGCAAUUAAAUUUAGCGUACAGCACACAGUAUGGUCAAUAUUCAGGAUUUGUUGGUCCGCAACAUUUUCGAACAAUGUGUAAACUUCUUGGAUAUCAAGGAAUUGCCGUGGUAAUGGAAGAACUUCUAAAAAUUGUAAAGUCUUUGAUUCAAGGAAGUUUACACCAAUUCACUAAGACCUUAAUGGAGGCUAUGCCAAAAGUUUGCAAACUUCCAAGAUAUGAUUAUGGUUCUCCAGGAGUUUUAGGAUAUUAUCAUGCCCAAUUGAAUGACAUUGUGCAAUAUCCAGACGCUAAAACUGAACUUUUCCAUAAUUUUCGUGAAUUCGGUAAUACAAUUUUGUUUUGCCUUUUAAUGGAACAAGCUUUAUCACAAGAAGAGGUUUGUGAUUUAUUACACGCAGCACCAUUUCAAAACAUAUUGCCUAGACCAUAUUGCAAAGAGGGUGAAAAACCAGAAACUAAACAAAAGCGUCUCGAAGCCAAAUAUGCUGCUUUACAGAUCGUUCCAAAUGUGGAUAAACUAGGUACAGCUAAGCAAGCAAUGAUUGCCAGGGAAGGGGAUUUAUUAACGCGGGAACGGCUUUGUUGCGGUUUGUCAAUAUUUGAAGUGGUACUAAGUAGACUACAUAGCUUUUUAAAUGAUCCUAUUUGGGUUGGUCCACCUCCUGCUAAUGGAGUAAUGAAUGUGGACGAAUGCACAGAAUUUCAUAGAUUAUGGAGUGCAUUGCAAUUUGUAUAUUGCAUUCCUGUUGGAGAAACAGAAUUUACAGUCGAAGAAUUAUUUGGCGAAGGCUUGCAUUGGGCUGGGUGCACCAUGAUAGUAUUACUCGGUCAGCAAAGAAGAUUCGAAGCUUUGGACUUUUGUUAUCACAUUUUAAGGGUACAACGUGUAGAUGGUAAAGACGAAAACGUUAAAGGGAUUCACUUGAAAAGAAUGGUAGAUAGAAUCAGAAGAUUUCAAGUAUUAAAUUCACAAAUAUUUGCCGUACUAAAUAAGUAUUUGAAGAGCGGGGAUAGCGAUGCAACAAGUGUCGAACAUGUUCGGUGUUUUCCACCUCCGAUUCAUCCUUCACUUGCUCAUGCACAACAGCAACAUUACCAUACACCAGAGUAUUUACGUGAAAUAAAUCAUCAGUAAAAUAAUGCUAUAAGUAAGAAUAUUUUUUAUUCGAUAAUAAUGAAGGCUGAAUUUUACUUUUUAAAUAAUUAAUAAAUAUAAUUAGGGUAUGGAGCAUUUAUUGUUUAAGAUUUUCUAAUAAUAAAUUGAGAACAUUUAUUUGAAAAAACGUAUUCUACAUUACUGUUGGUAGACAUAAUAUUAAAAUAAUUUAAAAUUAUUUUUAUUAAUUUAUUUCGUUUAAGUUAC